GUCAUAAAGUAUACAUACGCGCCAAGAACGCGUUCCGGAACUUUUAUGUUCGCUACAGCAUCCUUUUUCUUUUCCUCUUCUUUUCUUUUAUAAAUAUAUAUAUAUACACUAUGACUGAUAUAGAACAUAAUUAUGUGACUUGGAGAAACAAGUACUUGAGAACAUAUGAAGAUGGAUUAUAUGUUUAUUAUAAAGAUCCAAGUGAAGGAUUAAAAGAAAUGACAUGUUCAGAAGCCCAUGGCUAUGGUAUGCUUAUUUCUGUCUUGAAGCGUAAUCAACAAGACUUUGAUGGAUUGUACAGAUAUUUUAUGAGAUUCAGAAACAGUAAAGGGUUAAUGCAGUGGCAACAAAAGGCAGACCAUCAUGGUCGAUUUGUGCCAGGUGAUGAAGGAGGCCAGAAUUGUGCUACAGACGGUGAUGUGGAUGUCUGUACUGCUCUUUUUGUAGCAGCCAAAGUCUGGGGAAGAGGUGGUCCUCAUGGUGAAAUUGACUAUCGCCAGACAGCUGUUGAAUUAGCAGGAUGUAUUUAUCAACACUGUAUUAAUCAUCAAACACAUAUGCCUUUGAUUGGUGAUUGGGCAGAUCCUGGAGAUGAUGCUUAUUUAUUGACAAGACCUAGUGACUUUAUUUUAAGUGGUUACCUUAUAUUUUACUAUGAAGAUACACAGCGAAAAGAACAAUGGGCUAAUGUAAUUAAUGCCAUCAUCAACUGUAUUAUGGCUCAACACAGUCUGAAUCCUCAAACAGGUCUUAUUGCAGACUUUUUGAAAUUAGACCAGCGCAGUGGUGCAUACCAUCCUGCUCAAGGUCAAGUCUUGGAAAGUGAUCAUGACCCAGACUAUAAUUGGAACUCAUGCCGUGUACCUUGGCGUAUUGGACACUAUUACAUGUUGACACGUGAUGAGCGUGUUCGACCUAUCCUUGAGACGCAAGCUCAUUUCUUUGCCGGUCAACUGGCUCGUGGAGGAGGUGGUGGCGAUUGUGGUAUCAAAGCAGGUUAUAAACUCAAUGGCCAUUGUUAUGUGGAUUACACCGAUAUGGCCUUUGUUGCUCCCGCUUGCUUUUUGUUCUGGGUGCUUGAAUGGCGUGUACAAUUAGAUCAAAUUCUGAAUGAAAUGAGACAGAUGGAAGCUACUUACUUUGGUGAAAGUAUUGCUAUGCUUUGUUUGCUAGAUGCAAAUGUACCUUUAUAGAUGUGUUACACAUAAAUCACUGCAAAAGAAUAAAAAUAUACGCU